AUGCUAUCCAUAGCCCGAAAAACACUAUCUACUGUCGGCUCUUUUUCUCGACAUGUCCCUAAAAGAUCCCUUGUGGUGUCUCAACGGUUUGUUACUGAAAGAAGAUACCAUGCUUACUCAAAUCCAAACGCAGAAAAGGAAACUAUCGUCAAGUUAUUAUACAACAUUGGCUCUCGUAAAGAAGUUGAACAAUAUCUUCGCCAUUUUUCAUCUGUAGAGUCACAAAAAUUUGCAGUGAUCAAAGUAGGCGGUGCUGUCUUGACAGAUGAAUUAGAAACACUAGCCUCUGCCUUGACCUUUUUGCAUCGUGUUGGUCUCUAUCCAAUUGUUCUCCAUGGCGCCGGCCCUCAAUUGAACAAACUACUUGAGGAAGCCAAGAUUGAGCCUCAAUAUGAAGAAGGUAUUCGUAUCACCGAUCCCCAGACGCUCGAAAUUGCUCGUAAAGUCUUUAUGGCCGAAAACCUCAAGCUGGUAGAUGCACUCGAAAGACAUGGUACCAAGGCAAGACCAAUUCCUGGAGGCGUGUUUGUGGCUGAUUAUCUUGAUAAAGAUAAAUAUGGAUUUGUCGGCAAAAUCACUGGUGUGAACAAGGAAGUAAUCGAAUCCUCCAUUCGUGCAGGUGCCUUGCCCAUCUUGACCUCGCUUGCUGAAACUCCCACAGGCCAGAUCUUGAACGUCAAUGCUGACGUAGCUGCUGCUGAAUUAGCUACAGUCAUUGAACCUUUAAAGAUUGUAUUUUUAAAUGAAAAGAAUGGGCUUUAUCAUGGUGUUACUGGUAAAAGAUUAGACGUAAUCAAUCUAGAUGAGGAAUACGAAGAUCUUUUGAAAGAACCAUGGGUUAAGUAUGGCACCAAACUCAAGAUCAAGCAAUGUAAAGAACUUUUGGAUGGCCUUCCUCGCUCAUCGUCUGUUGCUAUUAUCUCUGCUGGCCACUUGCAUAAAGAACUAUUUACUGAUUCAGGUGCAGGCACUCUGAUCCGUCGUGGCCAUAAAUUGUUCAAGUACGAUAACUUGGAUCAGAUCGACCCUGACAAGCUUCGUCGCAUUAUGGAAGUUGAAGACAGCGCUGUCCUCUCUGGAGAAACAUCUGUUGCCUCUUAUCUUCGCUCGCUCCAAGGCAAACAAGUCAAUAUUUAUACAGACGAACCUGGCCAGGUUUUGGCUAUUGUUACAAAGAAUCCUGAAGACCCUAGUCAGCCUGCUGUUCUUGAAAAACUUUUGACAACCAAAACGGCUGUUUUGAAUAACGUGCCCGAGAACUUGUGGACAGCCAUUCGUAAGGACCAUGAUUGCUUAACUUGGAGAGUAGAAGCUAAGAGUAAGGAGGGUAAUCUUGAUCCCUCUUGGCACUUUGAACGAGCUGAUGGUUCACUCAGAAACCCCAAAGAUCAAUCCACAACAUUCUUUUAUGGUAUUGAAGACACAGAAAAAGUCAAGCAAACACUUACAGCAGCCCAAAAGGUAGCUACGCCCUUUGGUGCUCGGUCUUUUUCUACAUUGAGACAAUCCCAGCAGCGUCGCGGAUAUGCCACAACAACCCAAAAACUAAAGAACGUAGGUUUAAUUGGCGCACGUGGCUACACUGGUCGUGAACUGAUCAACUUAUUGAAUACUCACCCUCAUCUCAACUUGACACACGUAAGCUCUCGUGAACUUGAAGGAAAAUCUUUGGAAGGUUAUACCAAGUCCGAUUUGACCUACGUCAACUUGAAGCCUCAAGAUCUUAAGGCACAAACUGAAGUCGAUGCUUGGGUUCUGGCUUUACCCAAUAACGUUUGUACACCCUUUGUAGAUCAAGUCAAUCAAGAUGUCAAGGCUGGCGAAUCAUCUGAAAAGGUGCUCGUUGAUUUAAGUGCUGAUUAUCGAUUUGACGCCACAUGGACCUAUGGUCUUCCUGAGUUCAACCGUGAAAACAUUAAGGGCGCUACCCGUAUUGCCAAUCCUGGAUGCUAUGCAACAGGCGCACAACUUUCGCUUCGCCCACUUUUACCGUUUCUUGAUCCUCGCUCUUCUCCUACCGUCUUUGGUGUCUCUGGUUAUUCUGGUGCUGGUACCAAACCGUCCCCCAAGAACGAUAUCAAUGUAUUGCAUGAUAACUUGAUUCCAUACGCACUUACAAAUCACAUUCACGAACGUGAAGUAUCUUACCAAUUAGGAAGACCAGUCCAUUUUAUCCCUCAUGUUGCUUCAUGGUUCCAGGGUAUUGCACUCACAGUGAAUGCUCCCUUGCAAAAAGAAAUGACAAGCCAAGAUAUUAAAUCAGUCUUUGAAGAAUUCUAUCAGGGCGAGAAAUUGGUAAAAGUGAUGGAAUCAGGAGAACCAUUAGUACGUGAUAAUGCUAGUAAACAUUUCGUACGUAUCGGAGGAUUCAAUGUGCACCCUGAGGGUAAGCGCGUGGUGAUUACUACAACCAUAGAUAAUUUACUAAAAGGAGCAGCUACUCAAGCACUUCAGAACUUAAACUUGGCCUUAGAUUUUGAUGAGUACGCUGGUAUUCCUAUACAAUAA